AUGAAACCGGACGAGAGCUGGCGAAAGGAAAAUUCAGAGGAGUAUUCGACAGCAGAGGAACUACGGGCAGUCUUUCUACAUCAUCGAGUCAUAUCGCCACUGAUCAUAGAUGUUCAGCGAUUCUCAAAGUGGUCGAGGCUUCAGCGGACGACCGGAUACGUUGUUAGAGCGACGAAGGUGUUCCUAGGCCUGAACGCUGAGGGCCCACUUACGCAAGAAGAGCUGCUGAAGGCCGAAGCCAUGAUCUUUCAACAGGUGCAAAAACAUGCAUAUGCGGAUGAAUACGUCACGCUUAGCUACAACAAUGAGCACCCAGACGCGGAACCGAAGCAGAUCGCAAGAUCGAGUGCAUUGUACAAGUUGAGUCCAAUGCUGGACGACGAUGGAGUUCUUCGGAUGAAUAGCCGUAUCGCAGCAGCACCGAUGGUAACCAAGGAUGCGAGAUUUCCGAUCUUCCUCCCCAAGGGUCAUCGGGUGACGGAAUUGCUCGUAGAAUGUUAUCAUGUUCGUUUUCUACAUGGAAACCACGAAACGGUAGUCAACGAGAUAAGACAGCGGUUUCGGAUUCCCCAACUUCGCUCGGUGGUUGCGAAGGUAGUUAAGCAGUGUCAGCAUUGUCGUGUUCAGAAGGCAGCCCCAAGGGCACCGAUCAUGGCACCUCUUCCUGAGAUCCGGCUGACUGCCUUUAUACGACCAUUCACACACACUGGGGUGGACUACUUCGGUCCCGUCUUCGUAAAACAAGGACGAAGCACGGUCAAGCGUUGGGUAGCGCUCUUCACGUGCCUGUCAAUCAGAGCAGUGCAUCUCGAGAUCGUCCACAGCCUGUCCACCCAGUCGUGCGUGAUGGCCAUUAGAAGGUUCGUGGCACGCAGGGGUUCACCAGCAACGUUCUAUUCAGACAAUGGAACCAACUUCGUAGGGGCGAGCAACUUGCUUAAGGAGCAGCUCAAGGCAAUCACGGAGCAUUGCGCUGUAACCUUUACGAACGUGAGCACGAGAUGGCUAUUCAAUCCACCCCUAGCGCCACACAUGGGAGGACCGUGGGAGCGCAUGGUCAGGUCGGUUAAGGUGGCAAUGGCGGCGAUCGCAGAUCAUCCACACCACCCCAGUGAUGAGGUUCUGGAGACUGUUGCGCUCGAAGGCGAGUCGAUAGUCAACUCAAGACCGCUAACGUACAUCCCUUUGGAUCAUGCGGAUCAAGAGGCCCUCACACCGAACCAUUUCCUGCUCUACGGGACACAAGGCAUCAACCAACCUAGUCGGGACCUACAGCACGAGUAUGCAACUCUGAGGGACAGCUGGAAGCUUUCGCAGUACCUGGUUGAUAUGUUCUGGAGCCGCUGGUUACACGAAUACCUACCUACGCUAACACGCCGCACCAAAUGGUUCCAGCCAGUAAAACCGUUGACGCCCGGUGACUUAGUGGUUGUGGUCGAUGAAGGCAAGCGAAACGGAUGGCUGCGAGGGCGAAUUCUGGAUGUCGUGACGGGAAAGGAUGGGCAAGUUCGCAGAGCAGUAGUGCACACUUCCCGGGGAAUGGUUAGUCGACCAGCAACCAAGUUGGCGUUGCUGGAAGUUCGUGAAAUGCCUGAAAAAUCGGAAGAAAAGUGUUCGAGUGAACCGGAACUACACGGGCGUGGGAAUGUUGGCGAACCCACUGGGCAGACUCCGCCGGCUGUCAAGUGA